UCUAAUGCUAUGGAAUAUUACAAAGAAGGACAAAAUGAAGCCAAACAAAUAGAAUGCUGUUAUAUGCUUCAAGAUUAUGAGAGUUUAAAAAAUAUUAUAAUCAACGUUCCCGAUGAUCAUCCUAUUUUAAUGGAAUUAGGAAGGUUUUUCACAAUACUUGGAAUGUGUAGGGAGGCUGUUCAAGCUUAUUUAAAGUGUAAAAUGAUUGAUGAAGCUAUUAAUGCUUGCAUUUUUUUAAAUCAAUGGAGUCUUGCUAUUGACAUUGGUAAUGAUCAUAAUAAAGCAGAGAUUGAUUCGCUCAUGAUGACACAUUUAAAGGAAAAAGAAAAAAAUUUUGAAAUUGUGCUGUUGUAUUGCAAAGCAAAUCACUAUUUGGAAGGUGCAAAAAUUUUGUUUAAGGUACAAACAAUAUUUUAA